AUGGUAACAUCAUCCGGAAACCCCUUCGUACACGGAAUUCCCUUACGAGAAGGUAGACCCAUCCAACUUGUUAGAUAUGAGAAAAAUGAUUCUGAUGAAUUUGGAAAGAUUUAUGUCGUGCCCGAAGCUUUGAAGAUAUUACAACGGAUAAAAGAGCCCGUAGCAGUAAUAGCUGUCGUCGGCUCGUACAGAAGAGGAAAGUCAUGGUACGCCAAUGCAUUGCAUGGUCGACAUGAUGGAUUUGAACUCGGAGCGCAAGUUACCGGCUGUACAAGGGGUAUCUACAUGUGGGAUACACCUUUUGUUCACGAAGGCAAAAGAGUCGUUGUGCUCGAUACCGAAGGUAUCGACGACCCGAACCAAGAGGCGGAAUGGGCGACCAAGUUGUUCAUUCUUUGCCUUGUGCUUUCAUCGACUUUUAUCUACAACAUAAACGGAGUGGUAGGAAGUGGCGACAUUGGCAAGUUGUUUUUAAUGCAGGAUUUAUCCAGAUAUAUCCAACCUCCAGAGAACAGCAAGUACCUACCCCAUCUAGUAAUCCUGCUUAGAGAUUUCGGCCUAGAGAGACCGGAUUCGUUAAAAAAAUACUUUUUGAAUCACCUGGCCAAAACCAGUCGCGAAGCUGCUGAAGGCAUUAAAAAAUCAUUCAAAGAAUUCAGUGUCUUUGCUUUACCUCACCCAGGAGUCGGAGGCAAGCGCCUUCAACAGAUGCAAGCAGUUAGCACAACCGAUCUUGAUGAGGAAUUUGUUGAAGAAGCAGCCGAAUCCGUAAGGAAGAUAUACAGGACACUCGAACCCAAGUAUAUAGGCCACCUGAGAAUGAACGGUUUAUCCUUUGCAAAGUUUCUUACUGAUUGUGUGGAGAAGAUGAACGACCCAGAAAACAAUGCUCAUCUAUCUAUUCCAAAUGAAUAUGAAACCGUCACCCAAUACGUAGCACAAAACAUGCGAGACAAGUGUCUUGGGUUGUAUCGACAAGCUUUAGAGAAGUUGGCAGAGUCUGUACCGAUGCCUUGGAAUGAGUUUGUUGCAAUACAUCAGACAAUUUUUGACACCAUUAUGAAAGAAUAUGUAGGAGGGCUCGUUGGGACUUUAAAGCAAAUUGACGGGUUUAAGGAGAAAUUCCAACGCGAUAUGGCAGAAGCUAAGAAGCCAUAUCAAGAUAAAAAUUCAAAAGAGUUGUAUGCAUUCAAUAUUGCGCAGGCCAAGACACUAUGGAUUCAGCUGAUUGAACCAGGGUUGAAAUUUGACCAGUUAUUCACUGAAGACGAAUUUCGCGGAGCCAUUACAAAUUUUGAACAGCAACUUGUACAACGCUGGAUCGAAUCUCCCGAGGCCAUGGAAGCGUUAAAGCAUUAUAAGGAAAACUAUUACAAAGCCGCGAUCGACACUCUUACAAACUUCAAAGUAUUCAACGAGAAACUGGCCGCAGAAAUGAAAGAACGAGAGAAACUUAGUGAACAAUACCUGGAACUUACUCAGAGAGAAAUGGAGCUUAACAACAAGUUGUUGGAGCGCGAUCAACAAGUGCAAACCAUAAAGGAAGCGUUGGAUGCAAAGAGCGAAGAGAUUGAGGAAGUCAUGGCAAAGCAACGGGAAGCAGUAGCGGGUAUGGAAGAACUUAGAGCUCAAAACGAGAAAGCACUCGAAGACAUGAAUAGGUAUUAUAAAGAGCAGUUGGCAGGCUUACAAAAUCAGUUACACGAAGCGCAAAAGAAAAAGAAAAGUUUCUGGGAUCGCGUAUUAGGUUCUGCGCUUGGUUUUGGACUUAAUAGCUUAGUUGGUAGCGCAUUAGGAUCAUUAGGAUCAUUGUUUCGUAAGUAA